AUGUCCAAGCGCGACGCCAAAGCUCAUCAGCAAUGUACACACAAGACCGACUCAGAUCUGACCUUCCUUACAGCUGAUGUUCAAACAGCCAUCCCCGAUUCGACGACGGCUACUGCUCUGCAGGCGCAAAUUGCCGCUCUUGAAGCCCUGAGCGUUAACACCGACAAAUACCUUGCAGAAGGACUGGCAGAGAUGGAGGCAAAAGUCAAAAAAGUGAACCGCGAUUUGAAUCUCUUGCUGUGGAUGUCCAUGCAGGGCGGGAAGCCUACUGCGGAAGUCUUUAAGAAGUGGUAUGAAGAGCAACAAGCGGGUGGACGUAGGGGGGACGAGAGUGGGAAAGCUUGA